UACAGUGGUGAGAGGGAAGCGUUCAGCCUCUCAGAAACGAUUGGUCGCUCCGAGUAGCUGCGUCAGACUCCGUCACUGUGUUGCUGAGUUCGAGUGCAGUAAGGUGGUGACUACAUUAAGAAAAUAUUUCAAGAGGAAAAUAUUCCGAUUAUUGGGAGCAUAUCCUCCUCAGGGUAAACAUGACCUGUGAAUCACGUGAAUUUCAAGAACUACAGCAAUUGCAACAAAAAGUUCCUGAAAAAAAUGAAGAGGAUGAACCUCCUGCAGAACAUCGUUUACGACUAGUGAAACAGGUAUUAAAGGUGCUGAUAGUGACAAUGGCCUAUGUGGCUCUUGGCGCAAGUAUCACCUGGUCUUCCCCUGCCGUAUCUAGCAUUGAAAAAGACAACUCCACACUUGUUGGCACUGAAAUUGUCCUUACUGCAGCUGAGAAGGACAUGACAGGUAGCCUGAUGUAUCUGGGUUCACUGUUUGGAGCAUGGAUUGGAGGCUGGGUGGUGAGCAAAAUUGGGCGACGCCUGUCACUACAGCUGUUGGGCCUGCCCUUCAUAGCAGGCUGGAUCAUCUCAGGGCUUGCAUCAAAUACUGCCCUUCUUCUUACGGGGAGGUUGGUUCAUGGAAUAUCCAGUGGAUGCUUGACUAUUGCUGGAUAUGCCUACAUAGUGGAAUUAUCCGAUACCAAUAUUCGAGGCAUGAUGGCAACCCUGCCUACCCUUGGCAUAGUAAUGGGUAAUUUGUACACUGUUGCAAUAGGUUAUACCCUUCCCUGGCACUACCUCUGCUUUGUUAGUGCCAUUCCAGCCAUCGUAUUCACAAUAGCAAGUUUCUUUUUACCUGAGUCACCAUCAUACCUUGUGAUCAAGGGACAGCACGAAAAAGCAAUUUCUCUCUUAAAGAGCUUGAGGGGAGACUAUACCAACAUUGAGGCUGAAGUGACAAAGCUGGAGUGUAUGAACUCUAGUAGCAGCAGUGGGUGGAAAGGUCUCAUGAGCAAGGAGACUCUGCGUCGCAUAGCUGUUGUUAUUACAACAUUUUUCUUGAGCCAGAUGUGUGGUAAUUUUGUCAUGAUGAUAUAUACAGCUCGAAUUCUGGAGAACACAGGGGCACCAAUGGAUCCUGAUGCCAUCACAGCCAUUGCUGGGGUCCUAAGAGUAGCAGGAACCCUUGCAGCUGUCUUUCUACUGGACAGGCUGGGACGCCGCUAUUGUCUUCUCAUCUCACAUGUUAUCAAUGCAUUUUGCAUGAUCAUCCUUGGCAUUUACGUUCAUAUGGCUGAAGCUGCAGCUCCAGAUGAUGGCAUUUUCUCCAAGCUUUCAUGGUUGCCGAUGGUGUGUGUGAUGACAUCACUCUUCUUCUGUGACAUAGGAGUCCAUCCCAUACCUUUCAUUAUCUCAUCAGAAUACUUCUCUACAAACAUUCGUGCUCAGGCAUCAUCAGUGUGUUUCUCUGUUGGCACCAUCAUCAUCUUUGGUGUGCUGCAGCUCUACAGUCCAAUGCUGACUCUCCUCACCCAGCCUGGGCUCUACUGGCUCUAUGGUUGCACCAGUGUCAUAGGAGUUGUCUUUGCUUUAUUUGUCAUCAUAGAAACUAAGGGAAUGUCUGUAGGUUAGGCAGGACAGAGCUUAGUGGUGCGCAAUCAUAAUAGCAUAUGAAAAUAAGGAAAUCUGCAAGAAAUUAUCAGGACUUCACCUCUGGCACCAUCUUUGUAGCUGUCCAUUGAUUUCUUUCUGAUUUUAUAUUAUCCUUUUACAUAUGUGAAAACCACACUACUGCUGCAUAUUCAAGUUUGGGUGUUAUCAUAGUGGUUAUGAUUCUUUUCAUCAUACUCUUAUCCAUGCAAUUAAAUGCCGCUCUGAUAUUUGUUAGUAUCUUAUAUGAUGAAGUAAAAUAGCUCAUUCCUGUGUUUCUGAGAACAGGGCAUAACCAA